ACUGGAUCGCUGGCCUCGCUCUGGUUAGUAAUUUAUGUCUAAUGUCGCCCGAUGAGUAAUCCUUACUGAUGGCGGAUGAUGAUGAUGAUGGCCUUAGCUUUCAUACAUCGGAGCAUCCAUCUGUGUCUUCGUCAGUAAGUCGUCCUUUCACCCUCGAGUCGAUCUACAAGGGAAAGAUGGCCAAGCACUUACAUACCCACAGUGGUACACAACAAGGUACUGGGCUACUCUAGCCAUGACUUCACGCCUGAGCAAAUAGGAGCGAUGGGUAAAACGGAUAACGUGUCUCAAAUUGUUCUCGAUCUUCUGACCAACAACACACUUGCCUGUGUAAAGCUCAGCGUUCUCUUCUUCUACCGGCGCAUCUUCUGUGCUGGCGGGAAGUGGACCACGUUUGGGGUGGUAACUUGGGUCACGAUUGUCGUCGUCGUUCUGUGGCUUCUUGUUUUCCAGUUUCUAACUGGCUUUCAAUGCGGCACGCAUUUCACGGCACUCUGGGAUGGCUCCUAUGUUCAGUACUGCACUAUUUCAUUCCCUUUUCUAUACGGGCUUGUUAUUUCCGACUUCCUCCUGGAUGUAUGGAUCCUAAUCCUCCCGAUCCCUGAUAUCUUACAUCUUCACACAACCCUGCAAAGAAAGCUAUCCAUUAUAGCAGUGUUCCUUUUGGCUUUCGUUGGCCUUGGUGCAUCAAUCGCUCGGAUGGUACAGUACAUCAAAAUCGAGCUUGGAGGCCCGAAUUAUCUCCUCUAUACCGACCACGAGCGUCUUGUUACUCAAUCGUUUUUCUAUACCAUGUUAGAAGCUGGAAUAGCACUCAUUGCAGUGAACCUACCAUCAUUAAGAGUAUUCUCAGCUUCGGUCGAAGUAGGUGGACUAAUGCGCAGUGUGAGAAGCUUUAUAAAGUUGUGUCAAAAGACGAAUAAAACGAGUAUAAAAUAAAUAUAUAAAAGAUAUUACGCGUUUUUAAAAAUAAAAUAAAAGGUUAAAUGUUAAUAAAUUUAUAUUAUUAUAGGGAAGUAUUAUAUAGCAACCUUAGUAUUACUUUUAAUAUUCACUUUAUACAUAAUAAAUUAAAGGAUAUCUUUAACAAGUCAUCUUUCCUACGCAGUAGCAGUACUGACAUCGCAAGAAGCAACUCUGGGGCUCCCACGGCCAGUGGUGCCAGUGACAUCAGUGAACACGGAAACCCUGC